ACAACACUUAAAAAAGCUCAAAGACAACUAAGAUAUAUAAAAAAUGAAAAUGUUUAACUCUCCUCAAACCCUAGUACUAUUGGCGUUAGCCCUUGUCCUAGCUUUUGCAGUUCCACUGAAAGCCCAAGACCAGCGACAAGACUACCUAGAUGUACACAACCAUGCUCGAGACGACGUUGGUGUGCCUCAUAUCAAAUGGCAUGCGGGAGCGGCGCAAUACGCGUGGAACUAUGCUCAAAUAAGAAAGCGGGACUGUCGUCUCGUUCACUCAGACUCAGGCGGGCGUUACGGUGAAAACUUGGCAUGGAGCAGUGGUGAUAUGUCCGGAGCUGCGGCAGUGAGAUUGUGGGUCAAAGAGAAGUCUGACUACUUCUACAAAUCGAACACAUGUCGUGCUGGAAAACAAUGUGGUCAUUAUACUCAAGUUGUGUGGAAAAACUCGGAGUGGGUUGGGUGUGCCAAAGUCAAGUGUGACAAUGGUGGAACCUUUGUGACUUGCAACUAUUUACCUCCUGUUCAUCUAAAAGCCCAAGACCGUCCUCAAGACUUUUUGGCAGCUCACAACCGAGCACGCGCUGAGGUUGGGGUGGGUCCCUUAAGAUGGGACGAGAAGGUGGCUGCUUAUGCCCGUAACUAUGCGAACCAGCGUAAAGGUGACUGCGAUAUGAAACACUCGAGCGGGGAAUAUGGAGAGAACAUCGCUUGGAGCAGCGGUAGCAUGACAGGCGUUGCAGCGGUUAAGAUGUGGGUGGACGAGCAAUUUCACUACGAUUAUGAUUCCAACACAUGUGCUUGGAACGAACAGUGUGGCCACUAUACUCAGGUUGUGUGGAGAAACACGGCGAAGCUAGGAUGUGCAAAAGUGAAAUGCAACAAUGGCGAAACCUUUAUCACUUGCAACUACGAUCCUCCCGGUAACUGGAUUGGCGAGUGGCCUUACUAAAAAAACUCCAUUUUAAUGUUUUUGAAUAUGUGUUUAUACACAUGAAUGUAUUGUUUCUAUGUUGUUCAGUUAUACCAAUCAUCUGUCGUCAGCUAAUAAAGAUUGGUUUGUCCGGUCCGGUCCUCUUUUGUACCAUAUGUAUACGUCGAUUUUUAUAAUGGAAUAAUAAAAAUGCAAUGCUACG